GGUGGGAGGGCAAAUGGUGGUCUACGGAAGCGCAGGCGGUACUACGACAGAGGGCUGAGUCCACUCUGUCGGGUCCUGUGAUACCUCAACUCCAGUAGUGAGAGGGGCAAAUCGUGACGAAGAUGUCGGGAAGCCGACGACUGAGGAGGGCGGAGGUCUACGCUGCACCGUGGCUAGGAGGCGUCGCGGGAAUGCGAGGCACUGGGGGGGGACUAAGCACGACGUUGGCGAGAAAGCUCGGCAUAGUGGUGGUCGAGGGCUGUGGUGUAAGGGCACCACGAGGAGGUAUGACCGUCCUGGCGGCAACACAAACACCCACACCGGCCCAAAAUGGUCGCGCGCUCCUCAGCGAAAAGGACACCGCGAGCAGGGACGAAGCCCUAAGGGAGGUCCUGCUAAGCGACCUCAGGGGACGACACGCCAGUGUGACUAGAGUAGCUGCGUGCUCAAGAGAGGGUGGAAAGGGUGAGCUGGAGGCGCUCGACUAUAGGGACGGUAGAGUCCUCCAGGUGAUAGUGGACGGCCUCGCAGAGAUCGAGGUCAUCACUAUGGUCACCCUCAAGGGACAACGGAGCAACAACGUCCUGCUCACCAUACUCGAGCGCGCUGAAGCGGCGCGAGAAAUGGGGGCCCUGCUGCGCAGAAUGGCGGGGACGACCGUGAAAAUGGGAAAGGCGUUGGGAAGUGUCGUGAGAGAAGGAGGGAGUGUAACCAGUACGCUAGAACUGAUGUCGAUGGAACAGGACACCGGGGCACUGCCACGACGCAGUGCGAGGCUUGCAAUUCGUGCCCGUUCUGUGGUACCUCCACGAACCAAGUAUCAGCAACAGCGACUCAGCAGGCGGACGACUCCAGCGGCAUCGAGUACAGCACUGACGGUACCGGUUACCACCGGAGUUCUUCCCGCAUGUCCGGUCCAAGGGGCCCUUGAACCGUUGGCUGACUACCUUGGGCGGCUACAGGUAUUCACGGAUGUCGUAGCUACCGCCAAGGCUCAGCAGGAGGCAGCAGAGGCAGAACGUCAGCGGCUGGCAAAUGAGGCGGCAGCCCAAGCUCAGCAGACUGCUGAGGCUGACGCAGCGGCACGAGACAGACGGAAUGCCGCCAGCACGGAGUCCCUGAUUCAAAAUGAGAAUCAGUGGACAACGCUACUCCAAGGCAUGUUCUUUGUGCCUACGGACGCGCAGGCGGAGCCGACACAGGCGGAGGCAGAGAGAAGUAACCUGGCUACCGUGAUGUUGAGCGUGAUGAGGGGAGUAAUGUGGAACAACAAACUGCUGCAGGCACACCUGCGCACGGAACGACAGCAAAGACAAAAGCACCAGCAAGACCUGGCCGCUUUAACAGCUGCCGUCCGCGACGCGGCAAUACAGCAGCAGCAACAGCAACAGCUGUUGAACUCCACUCUCGCACGCAUCAACAGCAUCGAGGCUAAGGCCUCAGCAGCGCCAGGCUGCACGACAGACGCAACGAAGCAGCUCAAUGAGCGCAUCGAUCACGUCGUCACCAUCAUUGGCGAACUAGGUGAUUUCACUAGUCCUGCCACGAUCAGCAGCACGGUGGCUGCCAUCAAGACGAGCAUCACCAAACUGCAGACAAGACCGGACACCGCUACAAAGAAUUACAAGAUGCCGCACUUCGACAUCAGCAAGUUCGACGACUACAACAAGUCGGACGCCUUGACAUGGUGGCAAAGUUUCCUCACGGAAGCAUCAUGCCGCACUGUCCCGGCUGACGACAUGAUGAAGGCGCUCUACUUACAACUGAUUGGAGGAGCGCAGGCAUGGAUGAACCAUCUGGCGGCUACCAAGAAAUGCACCUUCGCCGAACUCCACACGCACAUCACGUGGAAGGAGUUCAAGAAGCUAUGGUUCACUCGGUUCAUGGUCCGCAACGUCAUGAAGGCGGCCAUGAACGAGGUGUACACCUGCUCUCAAGGGAGUAUGCCAACUCGAGACUGGACAACCAAGUGGCAAAAGAUAGUGACCACGCCAGGCUUCGAUUUGAGUUUUACUAACCAACGAUCCGAGUUCUUCUCGCAAUCGUGCGCAGGACUGCAAACCGCACUCGGCAACGAGUACGAUUACGCCUCAUUCCAGACCAUCUUGGAUCGUGCGAACUUGGUCAUCCAAACGGAUGACAAGGCCGCAAACGAACGGCAGUCCCAGCCGCAUUAUGUGGCUAAGCAGGGCUAUCAACGACCGGCACAUAACAAUGCCGUGAUUUCUGACGAAACAGUCGAUCUCCACGCUGCAGCAACAUCCUCGAGUGAUGGAGGAAUUGUAGCAGCGCUCCCGCCGAAGCGUCCCAAGAGAGUUCGGAAGAACAAGGCAACACAAGAGACGGCAUCGACGGGAACUGGGCAGCAACCAUGGACGGCAUUCAAGAUAACCAAGGAAAUCUAUGACCUUCGCCAACAGAAGACGCAACCCACACAAGUUACACUCGCGGACGACCGCAUGCAAAAGUCGAUUGACCGAUGCGUCAACGGCGUUCCGGUAUACUUUGCGCCACUUGCGUGCGAGCCGGUGUCUUUUGACAUCCUCGACACCAAGUUCAACAUGAUUCUAGGCAUGUGUUGGUUGCAUAGCGCCGAUCAUCCGGUGAACUUUCAUGACCGAACCGUUCACAUCCGUGAUCGGAACGGAGUGUUAGUCCCAUGUACAGUCACGACCCCUCACACUUCGAUUGCUUGUCACGUGGUUUCCGUUGCGAGAAUUUGCGACACCAUAGCUCGGAAUGACGUCGAGGAGAUGGGCCUUGUAUUCUUGCAUGCUCUCCCCUCGCCGGACGGACCAGCCGCGUCACCGUCGGACCCACGCAUUUCUCACCUCUUGGACGAGUAUAGAGACGUCUUCGAGGCUCCCACCGGAACGGUUCCGGAUCAGCCCAUACGUCACGGGAUCACUCUCGAGGUUGGCGCCGUCCCUCCGCGUGGAUGCAUCUACCGCAUGAGCGAAGAGGAACUCGAGGUGCUCCGCACACAACUCGAUGAUCUUCUCGACAAGGGCUGGAUUCGCCCUAGUUGUUCGCCUUACGGUGCCCCUGUCCUCUUCGUCCGGAAGGAGAACAAAGAUCUACGGUUAUGCAUCGAUUAUCGCAAAUUUAACGCACAAACCGUAAAGAACGCCGGYCCUCUCCCUCGGAUUGAUGAUCUCCUUGAGCGGUUAGGCGGCGCAACGUACUUCUCGAAGUUGGACUUGAAGUCGGGUUACCACCAGAUUGAAAUCCAGCCUCAAGAUCGGUACAUGACCGCGUUCAAGACGCGGUACGGGCAUUUUGAGUGGGUCGUCAUGCCAUUUGGCCUCACCAAUGCCCCCGCGACUUUCCAAGCAACUAUGACGACUAAGUUUCGCGACUUGCUCGAUCACAGCGUCCUCAUCUACCUCGACGACAUCUUGGUUUAUAGCAUUUGUCCCUUAGCGGACAAGAUCCAAGCCAUCGUGGAUUGGUCGGAACCCCGUUGCACGACGGAUGUACGCUCUUUCAUGGGUUUGGCUGGAUAUUAUCAGCGAUUCGUCGAGUCAUACUCGAAAGUGGCCGCUCCUUUGUCGAGACUUCAGUCCCCGAAGGUGCCCUUCGAGUUCGACGACGCAGCCCGUGGCGCGUUCACUAUGUUGAAGGCAGCAAUGCAAGCCGCACCUGCCCUCCGUAUAUAUGACCCCACCCUUCCCACCCAAGUGAGUACGGACGCUUCGGGAUACGGUAUUGGUGCGGUGUUGGAACAGUGUCACGAGGACGGUUGGCAUCCGGUCGAGUAUUUCUCCCAAAAGGUGCCUCUCGUCAACACUCUCGACGACGCUAGGAAGAAAGAGCUACUCGCGUUCGUCACCGUUCUCAAACAGUGGCGCCACUUUCUUCUCGGUCGUCGGCGUUUUAAAUGGAAUACGGACAACAAUUCGUUGACCUUUUACAAAACGCAGAAUACGGUCACUAGCACAAUCGGUCGAUGGAUGUACUACAUCGACCAGUUCGACUUUGACCCGUGCCACAUUCCCGGUCCCGUCAAUCGAGCUGCGGACGCCCUCUCACGACGGCCCGAYUUUUGUGCCAUUGUGACCACGGCAUUCGACCUCGACGACGAUCUGCAGCCACAUUUCGUCAAAGGCUACAAGUCCGAUCCGACUUACUCUACGCUUUACACAGAGCUUUCAUCGGAUCGCCCGCCGGCUAGCCACUAUCGGAUUUCCGACGGGUUCCUUCUCCUUCACACAAGAGGAAAGGACUUGUUAGUUGUSCCCCAAGAUCGCAUCUUACGGACUCGUCUUCUCGGCGAAUUCCACGACGCACGACUUUCGACACACCUUGGCGUGAACCGCACAYUAGCACGCCUCCGCCAGCGUUUUCACUGGCCCGACGUCCUUCAUGACGUCACGAGGUACAUUGAGUCAUGUGCAGUUUGCCACCGUAACAAGGGUCGAUCUCGAGUCCUCUUCGGCGAACUGAAACCAUUGCCGAUUCCUUGGGCACCGCGCCUCUCCAUUGCUAUGGACGUGACAGGCCCGUUCCCCCGCGAUCGCCAUGGCCAUGACGGUAUUCUCACGGUCGUUGACCGUUUGAGCAAGUAUGCUCGCUUUCUUCCUUGCAAGUUUCAUGCUGCAGCACCUGAGCUCGCACGACUCUUGCACACCGGUUGGAUUACCAACCAGGGUGUUCCGGAAGACAUAGUGAGCGACCGAGAUACUCGCUUCAUGUCGGCCUUUUGGACUUCCCUUAUGGCUGAGUCCGGCACGACAAUGAAGCCGAGCUCAGCUCGGCACCCGCAGACGGAUGGCCAGACGGAGCGAGCACACCAGACCGCUCAGAUGAUGUUGCGUACGCUCAUCCAUCCCGACCAGAAAGAUUGGGUUGACCGACUUCCCGACAUUGAGUUCGCCUACAACACUUCGGUGCAUCCGGUGAUCUGCGUCACACCAUUCGAGCUACAUCAUGGUGGAGAGAAAGCACGGAUCUUCGCUGAUCUCCUUCUGCCACAGGCCGCCGACAUAGACGUCCCUUGCUCUCCCGCUUCCGUUCAGAAGUACCGGGACUUGCUGAUCAAAGCCGCGCGAAUAUGCAAAAGGCUCAGAUCCGCAUGCAACAGCAGGCUAACCGACGUCGACUCCCAUGUCCUUUCCGCGAGGGAGACCUUGUUUGGGUCCUCUCCGAGGAAUUUGCGCUCGAGCAGGACGUUUCGUGCAAACUCCUUCCGAAAUGGUUCGGACCAUGGGAAGUCACUUCUGCCGUUGGAGAUGACCCCCAGGUCCUUCCUUUGUGGUCAACAUUCCCCCGCACCUUCCAGUGCACCGGCUCUUCCACGCAUCGAAGCUGGCCAUCUACACGCCACCUUCCGCCGAUGAGUUUCCCGGCCAUCGAUCACAGGAUCCGCCUUCUAUGGACGGACAUCAGGAAGUC